AUUUGUGAGCUGAAAUUUGAAAAAAUCUUCCCUGUUUUCUUUUCUUUCCGAAGAAGGGUCGAGGAAAAGGUCUGAAAAGGACAGGCCGUGGAAGUUCAAGAACGGGGGAAGAUUUAAGAUUGAAGAUUGAAGAUUGAAACCAGGCCGUGGAAGUUCAAGAACGGGGGAAGAUUUAAGAUUGAAGAUUGAAGAUUGAAACCUUCUCCCCUUUCUCAAUUUCUGUCUCUUAUUCAACCACCAAAUUUGGUUCAGUUUUAUCAGCCCAUAAUUCGGUUCUGUUUCGGAGACGAUCUUAGUCCUGUGUUUGUCCUUCGUUUUGUUCAUUUCAUUUGAAGGAAGAGAGAUCCAGUUAGCGUUUCGAAUCGUGCGAUUUUUUUCUUGGGUGGAAUUCCUUGAGGUUUUGGAUAUGGACGUAGAUAUCAUUUGAUUUCAGAAGUUUAGCUGCCUGAUUCAUUCAUAGCAUUUCGUAGUUGGAAUUAGGGAGUGAGAGAGUGAGAUGGGGACAAGUUCAAAAACGGAAGGACCUUCAUCCCCGGCGCUUCGACGAGACCCAUAUGAGGUUUUGUCUGUGUCCCGGGAUUCUACAGAUCAGGAAAUCAAGACUGCUUAUAGGAAACUCGCGCUCAAGUAUCAUCCUGAUAAGAAUGUUGGGAAUCCUGAGGCUUCAGAACUUUUCAAGGAGGUUGCUUAUUCUUACAGCAUUUUAUCGGAUCCAGAGAAGAGAAGGCAGUAUGAUAGUGCAGGAUUUGAGGCUCUUGACGUGGAUGGUAUGGAUAUGGAAAUUGACUUGUCCAAUUUGGGCACUGUCAAUACCAUGUUUGCAGCUUUAUUCAGCAAGUUGGGUGUCCCCAUUAAGACUACAAUAUCUGCCAAUGUUCUUGAAGAAGCUCUGAAUGGAACUGUGACCAUCAGACCUCUUCCUAUGGGAACAUCAGUCAGUGGGAAGGUAGAUAAACAGUGUGCUCACUUCUUUGGUGUAACAAUCAAUGAGCAACAAGCUGCAGCAGGCAUUGUUGUCAGAGUUACUUCCACUGCUCAAAGCAAAUUUAAGCUGCUAUAUUUUGAGCAAGAUACCAAUGGUGGUUAUGGUUUAGCCUUACAGGAAGAUAGUGAGAAGACGGGCAAGGUUACAUCUGUUGGGAUGUAUUUUCUACAUUUUCAAGUAUACAGGAUGGAUUCAACUGUGAAUGCGUUGGCAAUGGCCAAGGACCCUGAAUCUGCCUUUUUCAAGAGGUUGGAAGGCCUUCAGCCUUGUGAGGUUUCAGAACUAAAAGCUGGAACUCAUAUCUUCGCUGUCUAUGGUGAUAACUUCUUCAAGCCUGCAACAUAUACAAUUGAAGCAAUUUGUGCAAAGUCAUAUGAAGAUACAACAGAGAAGCUUCAAGAAAUUGAAGCUCAAAUUUUAAGAAAGAGAAAUGAGUUGCGCCAAUUUGAAACUGAAUAUAGGAAGGCACUUGCACGCUUUCAAGAAGUUACAAACAGAUACAGUCAGGAAAAACAAUCUGUAGAUGAACUUCUAAAAAAGAGAGACAGCAUCCACUCUUCUUUCACCGUUUCCAGGCCAGCAAACCAUAAUGAUAUUGCAAGUGGUUUAAGCAAUGGAAAACAUGAUGAUUCAAAAGUUUACACUUCUGGAGAAGAUGGGGGCUCAGAUGGAAAGGACAAACCUGCCAAGAAGAAAUGGUUUAAUCUCAAUAUCAAAGGAUUAGACAAAAAGCUUGGUUGAGAUUUAGAAGGGGCAUUUGAAAUAUUGCUUUUCUCUGGGAGGUUUGGAGUGCAACCAUAAAGUGAUUGGGGCCUAUCACACUGCUUUCUUUCUUGUGAGUUUCCUCAUAAUACUGUUCACUGUAUCUACUUUUUGAAGCAGAGCUAUACUAUACAUAAAAAAAGAGAUGUGUAUUUAUGCCAUUCUGUUUAGGUCGUAUUGAGUGACUUGCUCAGUUCUCAAUAGUAUUCUGGUAGAGGUAUAUUUAGUAGUUUCUUUAGUGAUAAUAAAUUCGUUUAUUUGGUUUGUGACGAAAACUUGACUGUAAACUGUUUCUGGCAGAGCUGUAGAAUUCUCAUUUGAAUAUUACAAAUUUUUCAUUCAUUUGACUCCCA